UUGUUUAUGUAUACAUUUCAAGAGAUAAUGUGGAAAGAAUGAUAAGAAACUGAGAAUAGUCCUGACAUUAAUCGACUACACUUCAUUAAUCUAUCUGCCGGUCAACAUUGUGCUAAUUCAAUAAGUGUUUUAGCCCGGAGCAGACAAUUCGGAUCAAAACAUGGUCUUGGAACUAAUAAAGGUUUUAAUCAGGGUUUGGGGUUUGCUGUUUGGAUGGGUUUAUAGAAUAUUCAAUAAUUCGGAGCAGAAAGUUAAAAACUUCAACAAGGUUCGUGCUAACCCUCUGAAGAAGAUAGAACCUGGAGAUACAGAAGUAACAUAUGAUCCAGUAAAGCUUGAAACCACUCCGUUUAUCCAGGAGUUCCUUGCGACUAAACCUGAAACUAUGGCGGAUAUCUGGGAUUGGUCGGUUAAAAGAUACAGGGAGAAGAGGCUACUAGGAACUAGAGAUAUACUUGGAGAAGAGGAUGAAAUACAACCCAACGGGAAAAUGUUUAGGAAACUUGAACUUGGGGAUUUUAGGUAGAGUACAGUAUUAAUAUAUAU